UGGAAGGCAGCCGAUUGUUCGAAGCUGGCUGACCACGCCAUUGGAGAGAUGAAUAAGUGGGUUAAGGACCGUGAUGGAGUGCUUUCUGGUACGAUAGGCAGCCUCGAAAAGCCGGACGGGUACGAUACAGAUGAUGUGUCGCCCGUGGGUGAUGUCGAGGAAGCGGUAGGGGAGCAGAUCCAGCAGGAAAGCGCAGAAUGGGGUGAUGGCAGCGACGAGUUUGAACCAUGAUGAGAUUUUUUUCAGCCUUGUGAUCGAUUGCUACACCCCUGCACUGGGUGUACCAUGUUCCAACAGCACACAUAUGUGAUUGCUGUGCGCGGGGGGUUGCGUCCCUGCUUCCAGCUGCUGUAGUUGUUGAAAAGAAAAAUCAAAAAUAUUCAAUUGUCGACAAGUCUUACUUACCCCGGAUGCAGCUUGCCACACGUCAACUGCAUUCAUGUUCUAUCUUCUUGCGUAUUGACCGCCUUCGUCAUGGAAGCGUUUUGCGCUACUGUAUGCCGACAGGCGCUUAAAAAUGUUAAGUUACAGGCCGAGAAGUGGGGAUACCAAUGUUGGCCGCAUGUUGCUGGGCAUUUUUUCCGAUUUUGAAUCUCUGCUCAGGUGCUAUAGCUAUUCUUUUAUUUCUUUUCUCGGUCCCAAAAAAUAAUCUACCGAAAAAUAAGGAGGCAACAGCAUUUUUUUGUCUGCGACUUCAAUUAAUCCUCCCCGUUACGUCCGGCUUCGGGGUUUCCUUUUCAUGGCGUUUGCACUGCUUUUUUCUAAGCUUGAUCAGCGUUUAAUUUUCGGGUAGCCAGGUAUGACAGAGGACAGGAUCUCCCCCCACCCCGGUGCCAACAUUUUGCUGACGAAGACUCAUUCGCCUCCGCUGUGUGGAUCGUCCACCUCCCAUCCAUCGGUUCGGCCCCCUCGUGCAGCUUCGGAGUACUACGCUGGGAGCCCAUCACGGAUAUGGAGCCAUGGAACAGCGAGGGAAAUACAUGUAAAGCCGUUGGGAACGCGGUCAUGAAGGACAAACGCCUCGAUAUUCCUCCAAGCAUCUCAACGGGUCACUCAAAGCUCAUCGAAGACUGCUGGAAGGCGGAUCCGAGCAGUCGCCCCGAUUUCGAAGACAUCGAAGCGCGCCUGUUUUCCCUUUGCAACGAAAGUCUCGCGGUCGAUGUUAAGUGGGGCGUGAAGCGCGGUCGUCGUCUGUUGUUCGCGGUGGCUGCUUCCCUGCAGCUCUUGUGUUUGGCCGUGUAUGCCGGCCGACAAUGGGCAAGCUUUUCCAGCUCGUUUCAGCACACAGAGUUGUGAUCGGUAAACUCCUCUGUACCCGAAAACCAUGCGGAAGGAAUAGAGUGGCGUCCAAAAUAGAUGGGAUGGCAACACAUGUAAUGGCGGUUGAGAGAACUACCAUUUCUUUUCGAAAGGGCGACCGAAGAGACCAACAGUGAGGUGUUGGAUGGUGUAGCGGGUCGUUUGGUCUGUCGGGUACUUGGUAGUAAGUAAAAUGAAGGCACGGCUUUGAGCACAGGUCGAUUAUUCAUCGGGAUUUCCAGGGCCGCAAGUGGAGGCGAUUUGACGUUACAGCAGCUUUUGCGAUCACGCCGAUGAAUGUGAAACGAUGACAUGGUAUCUGGUACGUUCUGCUGGAGGCAAAAUUGUUUGUGUUGUUCUUGUAAAGUGCUUGUGGGUUGUCUUCGUUAUUAUUUUAUUGUACGAAAAACAUAUUCCCAUGCACAAAUAAGUAAGUACAAGGAUGGAUGCAGAAAAAUCAAUGAAAGCUGCAUCGUUUGCGACUUCAUAGUAGGAAGUCCUUGUUUGGCUGCCCUUUGUUGACAAAACGGGACAACUGUCCAAGAAAAGUUUCGUACUGUUUAGUUUUUCGUGCCAUCUGCUUGUCUUGACGGUUGACACGUGGAUGGGGACCCUUUCGCGGGCAGGCAGAGAGAGGGAGGGGCCGACGUGCACAAGG